AUGGGAUCCAAGGUGUCCAAGCCGGCCAGAUCAUUCAAGCCGGGGAAAGUGAUCGAUGUGAAGCGCGAGACACCGCCACAGGUCGAACGCGAUGACUCCUUCUUGAAGAAAGCAAUGUCGCUCGGCGUUGUGGAGGUGAGCGAGCAAGAGUUUGUCAAAAACCACGAGUCGGUGGAUCUUUUGAAAAACCGCAAAAAAAGACAGGAGGAAGGCGCAGAUGUCAAGGCGCAAGUGGAGGGUUCCAGACGGUCGUUCGUGGGUGCGGGCCAGGGGUUGCUGGAUAGUAGUUUGUUGACCAAAGUGAUCAAGGAGUACAGGCAUGACCCGAAAGGUUUCCGACCGGAAACGUACAACCUCAGCGACACUACGUGGGGGAGGCUAAGCAAAGUUUUGCAAAGUGGGGACGUUGGGUUGCCGCAGUACGCUGUGAAGCUGGUUCGGCCCCAGAACGGCUCCAAAGAGAAGUUUGUCAUUGUCGGCGACACAGAGGGCCACGUUCAAGAGGUGAAGGCUGCUGCCAAGGAGUUUCAAGAGUCGCAAACUCUGAUGGGCGACAAGAGAGAAGAGAGGAAACACAAGCCUACGGGCGACGUGACGCGCGUGCUUUAG